AUGGAAGCAGAAACAACAUUAAAUAUUGAACAAUUAGAAUUAAAAAAUGAAAAAUUAUUUGGUAAAUCAAAAUUAAAAAUUGAAAAUAAGAGAAUUGAACAUGUUAAAUUAAUUAAAUCUAAUGAUAUGAUAUUAUCUAAAAAUUUAUUACAAAAACAUGUUAAUUCUGAAAAAUUAAAAGAAAUAUCUGAUCGUUUAAUUACAUGUGAAUUAGAAUUAGAAGUUAAAUUACAAUAUUAUAAAAAUUAUAAAGAUGAAUAUUCAAAACAAUCAGAAAAAUUAGAACAAAUUUAUCAGAAAGAAUCUGAAUCUCUAAUUGAAUAUGAAGAACAAGUACAAAAAAUUAUACAAAUUGAUGAUACCAUUUGUAAAAUGUUAAAUCAUGAUAUUGAUGCUUUUAGAGAAUUAUUUAUGGAUGAUCCAAGAAAUUUACUCGAUCAACAAUUAGAUCAUCAUUUAGAUUUCAAUUCACCAUCUCUAUUAAAUAGUGUUACUACUGUUGGUUCUAUUGGUAAUAAUUUAUCAAAUACUGCUCAAUUAUAUGAUAUUACUGGUAAUAUUGGUCCAUUAACAAGUCAAUCUAUUAAUAAUAGUAAUAAUAAUAAUAGUAGUAAUAGUAGUGGUAGUAGUAGUAAUAGUAGUCAACAAAAUACAAGAAAUACCAUUUCAUUAUCUAAUGAAAAUGUUGAACCUGAAUAUUCAAGAAAACAAACCAUACUACCAACUAGAAGAAUGUUUAAUAGUGCUGCUGCACUUAAUUUAGGUAUAUUAGAUGGAUCAUCUAAUAGAGAUUCAUCACUUCCACUCAAACAAUUAAAAGAUACAUGUAAUCCAUACAUUCAACAAGCCUAUAAAGAAUUAAGAAGAAAGACAUUUACUUCUGCUACUACUACUUCUACUAAUACUUCUAAUAAUAAUAAUAAUACUACAAAUGCUGCUAUAUUAGAAAGUAAUGAUAAUGAUGAAGAAGUUGAAGUAUUUAAUACUCUAUAUAGAAUUAGACCCAAUAGAAAAUGGUACAUGAUGGAACCAAUUAAAAAAUUACCUAACAAAUAUAGUAUCGAUAGAUUAUUACAUGGUGAAAAUACACCACAAGAUAUUAUACCUAAAAUAUAUCCAUAUCCAGAUGAAUAUAAUGAUCCAGAUUUGUAUUAUGAUAAAAUAUCACAUCGAGAUGGUUUUUAUAAUGAAGAAGAAGAGGAAAUGUUUCAAAAUCAAUAUAAUGAUGAUGAUGAUGAAUUUAAAUCAUUUAAUAGAAAUUAUUCAAAUUAUUUUGAUUUACCUUCAAAUGUAGAUGAAUUAAGAACAAUGAUUAUUAAAUUACAAUUUGAAAAGGAAGAUAUGAGAAAUGAAAUAUCAAAAUUGAAACAACAAUUAUCAUCAAAUAAUUCAAAUAGUACUCCAUCCACUCCAUUCUCUACUACUCCUACUAAUAAUUCUAUUAUGAAUGAUUCAUUUAAUUCAUUACAACCUUUAACAACAAGUACAUCAUCUAAUAAUAAUAAUAUUACUAGUCCUAAUACUUUAUCAAUGCCUCAAUCAUCAUCAAAACAACCAAUUGAAUAUGUUGCCUCUGAUUUUAUUGAUGACUAUAUUGAAUAAUUUUGUAACAAUAAAUAAUAAUAUUUAAUAUUAAA